CGCGCGGAGUUUCAAAUCGGCCGGGGCCGGCCAGGAGCGGCUGUGCUCGGCGCCGGGCGGCCUCGGGGCGUCGGGGUCUAGUGGGCAGAGAAGACUCUUGGCCAGGCGGAUGGCUUCUCGGUGGCAGGGCGUGAGCGCCUCUGUGCGCCGGAGGUCUCUCCGGAGCCACGAGCGGCUGGAGGACAGCAAGGUGCUGCAGCCUGCGGUCGGUCAUCAAGAGACCUCUACCCUGGGCUCCCUGUGCAGACAGUUCCAACGGAGGCUGCCCCUGACAGCCGUCAGCCUCAACCUCAGGGCAGGCCCGUCCUGGAAGCGCCUGGAAACCCCAGAGCAGGGGCAGCAGGGCCUCCAGGCUGCAGCUCGAUCAGCCAAGAGCGCUCUGGGUGCCGUGUCCCAGAGAAUCCAGGAGUCCUGCCAGAGUGGCACCAAGUGGCUGGUGGAAGCCCAGAUGAAAGCCAGGAGCAGGAAGAGAGGGGCACAGAAGGACGGUAGCCCCCCAGCUCACAGCCUGGGCCAGAAGAGCACCCGGCUGUGUGGAGCCGCCCCUGCCCACUCAGCCACGGAGCCCUGGGACAGGGAGCGUCACCGCCUCUCUGUGCAGAUGGGCCUGCGUACCCCCCGACUACGGCGGUCAAGGAGGGGGGCUGCCUUGCGGAGCCCCUACUCCUCGGCGGAGCCCCUCUGCUCUCCCAGCGAGUCAGACAGCGACCUUGAGCCUGUGGGGGCAGGAAUUCAGCAUCUCCAGAGGCUGUCCCAAGAGCUAGACGAAGCCAUCAUGGCUGAAGAGAGGAGGCACGCGCUGUCUGACCACCGAGCCCUCACACCCAGGAUGUCUGUGCUGCCCUGGUCCCACCCUGGAGGAGGCCCCCAGGGGUCGUCAGUACCCCUGGGCCACUGCUAACAAGGACCUGACCAACGAGGGGCCCAGAGCUCUCCUGCUCUGGCCACAUCUGGACCCAUCACUGGACCGCCUGCCGCAGCCUGAGAGUGACUUGGGGAGAUCUUGGAGAGAUGGGGGGAUUGUUUCUUCUACUCCCUGGGGGACUCUCGGGCUUAGAAAUUCAUUCCACGCUUCAUUCGAUCUUGCCAUUGCCUCAUCUGUGAUGGGAGGCACAGGCACCAGAAGGUGUCUGAGAGCUCUGAGCCGUGUCCCCAGGAGCAGGGUCUUUGGGGAGCCCGCCACAGACUCACCCACUGUGUCUCCAGGGCUGAGGCUCUUGGGGACCCAGCUCUCAUCUCUGCUUCCCCCUUCCCCCACCAGGGCCUGGAGGAAACCCUAGGAGACCUGUCCAGGCUCAAGGCCCUAGUCUCCCCGGGUACCAUUUAUACGCUCAGCACAGGGCUCCGUGGGUGAGCCGGGAGCAGCAGCGCUAUUCAAGAGUGAUUUCUGCCCUUUGUAAAUUAUUUAAGAAAUCUGCUUUGUCAUUUUAUUAGAAAGAAACCAGUGUGUGACUUUCCUAGAUAACAUUGCUUUUUCAUAAUAAACACUCUCUCUGCAUCUGACAUCUGUUCCCUUUCACUGCCAGCCCCGCCCCCGUGCCGCGCCACUCUGGGCGAUA